AUGUCAGCCGUGACACGAGGUAUGACAGGAGUGCACAUGAGACUUGACAGCAGUGAGUGUAAAGGAGACGAGACCGUGGUGUACGACCCAGUGGUGUACGGCCCAGUGGUGUACGACCCAGUGGUGUACGACCCAGUGGUGUACGGCCCAGUGGUGUACGACCCAGUGGUGUACGACCCAGUGGUGUACGGCCCAGUGGUGUACGACCCAGUGGUGUACGGCCCAGUGGUGUACGACCCAGUGGUGUACGACCCAGUGGUGUACGACCCAGUGGUGUACGACCCAGUGGUGUACGACCCAGUGGUGUACGACCCAGUGGUGUACGGCCCAGUGGUGUACGACCCAGUGGUGUACGGCCCAGUGGUGUACGACUCAGUGGUGUACGAUCCGGUGGUAUGA